GGUUUUUUUUUGUUGUUGUUUUUUUUUUUACAUUGAUUUUUUUUUGGGGGGAAGUUUAAAUGCGGAAACUGAGAGGAAGCGCCGUGCAAGUUUGGAGAUAAAUGGAAGGCGAGACCAAGCUGCGGAAAAGCUCAAAAUUUUGGAUUCCCCACCACCGAUCCUGACUUUGACUCCCGCUUCUGUCACCGACCAUGGCUCACCGGUCUCAGAGUUCGUCUAUUGGUGAUAACCCCCUGGACCCAAACUACCUGCCCCCCCAUUACAAAGAGGAGUACCGAAUUGCCAUCGAUGCACUGAUAGAAAAUGAUUUAACGGGGUACCAUGACUUCCUCCAGGGCGCCGAAGUGGUCAGCUUCCUGGCACAGUCUGAAAUCGAAUACAUCAAAUCCACCAUCCAGGAGCCCACUCACACCCAGAGUGUUCCCGACCUGAGGUACCCAGAUGCGGGCCACAACGUGGAGGGCUCGUCUGACACCUACUGGCCCAUGCAGUCCGACCUGGCCGCCCCGGGCCUGGACUUGGGAUGGCCGCUGACCCAAAACAGCUUCAUCGGGCCCACGGAGGUCACCACUCUGGUGAACCCGUCAGAGCCGAACAUGCCAAGCAUCAAGGAGCAGGCCAGGAGACUCAUCAAGAAUGCUCGCCAGGUUAUCGCGGUGGUGAUGGACACGUUCACAGAUGUGGACAUUUUCUCCGACCUCUUAGAUGCCACCGCCCGCCACAUUCCCGUUUACAUUCUUUUGGAUGAGCAGGAAGCCCAUAAUUUUAUCUCCAUGGUGAUGAACUGCAAGGUCAAUUUGGACUUAAUCCAGAUGAUGCGCGUCAGAACUGUGGCGGGAAUAACAUAUCAAUCCCGAACAGGGAAGUCGUUCAAGGGGCAAAUGAAAGAUCGUUUCCUAUUAGCUGACUGCAGGGCUGUGCUUAGCGGUAAUUACAGUUUCAUGUGGUCGUAUGAGAAGAUUCACCGCUGCAUCGCUCAUCUUUUCCUCGGGGAGCUGGUGGCAACGUUCGAUGAAGAAUUCCGCAUCCUUUACGCUCAGUCAGAGCCCCUCGUCGUUGACCCGUCGGACGGAACGCUCGCAAUCUCAGACACUGGCGGUUACUUAACCAGACAGUUGGGCUUGAAGAGGACCCAGUCCCUACGAAACCCCCUGGCCUUCCGGAGGCAACCCGAGAUAACUUCCAGCUUCCCGUUCGGAGACCAGGAACGCAACCUGGGACUUCCUUUCCGGAGAAACGACCCCUUUCGUCACACCAUCGAGCAUGGGGCAGGACUUAUGAUCGGGAAGUAUUCCCAGCAGCAGUUCCGUUCACAGCAGUCCUACCUGGAGCAGGGACGGUCUAUCGUGUCCAGGCAGAUGGAGAUGAGCGGCUUCAAGAGGCACAGCUACGCAGAAGGAACCCAGGACAAUUACAUGUCCUCCAGGCACUACAUGAAGCACAGAGUCAUGAACAAUCUCGAUGAGACGGACUUCCACAGGGAACAGAGACACCAUUUCUACAGUGAAGGUCCUGGACCGGGUUCUGGCCACGGACACUACGACAAACAUCGUCCUCCGCAUCUAGCCAUUGAUCAGUAUUCAGACUCAAGCUCAUUCCGCUCAGACCUAGAGCUCAACACCGGAAACUACCCAAGAGGUUAUGCGUAUCUAUCCUCCGAUGAUUUAAGCGGCCCCGAUGGGAUUCAUGCGCCUCCGGUAGCGGGAAGGUAUGGAGGAAACGCCGCCCAGAAGAGGCCAACCAUCGGUCAGGCGUACGCUUGUCAGAGCUCACCAACACAGCCUCACCCAACAGACAAAAAGCCCUUUUCAAAGCAUUCAGAUCAGGAGCACGAUCAGGAUGCAAGCGUCCGGCAUGGACUGAGGAACUGGAGGAUCCACUCGUAUCUGAGUACAUACGAGGAAGGCGGAGAAGAUGGUCUGAAUCAACCCUUGGGGCCGGACGCAUUUGAAGACCCUACACCCAAUCAGGAUCCCAGUGAAAAUUCAGCAACUCGCUUUGGACGAAAAGAGCCUCCAAAUGUCGCCCCUAAACCCAGACUGGAUAUCCAAAAACCACGCUUUGGGAAGCCACUCAAAGGCGAGAACACCGGAAAGGAUUCGACCACCAAAGAUCUGAUUUCCUCCGUUUCGCUGGAUAGAAGUGAGAAGGAAGUGGAGAACGAACGAGACAGAGAGGAUAAGUGGGGUUCUGGAAAAGAGGACAGCAAGGAAAAAGAAGUCAAGGAAACUCAAGAUCUCUUCCUUUCCAAACAUGACUCCUUCCGCUCACGGAUCAACCCACUCCUUCAACGUAGCUCGCGUCUGCGCUCAUCGCUUAUAUUCUCAUCUUCCAAAGCAGAAAUACACAGCGGGAGCACCGGUCUAAAAUCCGCCACAGACGAUGAUGCCAAGCCCUCCAUUGUAGCCCAGAUCCUAGAGAAGAGGCGGUCGUUGUCUAGAGAACCUUUCGAGUGGAAAAAGACAACAGAGGAACAGAGUAAGGGGAAGAAUGAGGAGAAAAGUGAGGAUGCAAAGGAAGGGGAGAAACAAUUGACAGACAGAACCGCCGAAAAAGAUGAAUCCCAGAAACCUCAAGAACAGUUAAAGUCAAAUUCCAAUGUUGAGACCGACAAUGUCAAGUCGUCAUCUCUGAACAUCAAUGACCCUGCCAGUCGGCUACAGUAUUUCAAAGACGUAGCUGCUAAGCGAAAAGCAUCCAAAAUGGAGACUGAAGCGUCAUCAAAAGUCCCAGAGCCGGCAGAGAAGAAGCCAGACUAUUCUGACAAUACACCCAAAACUAUUACGGUGAGUGGUUCUAUUAAUCUGACAGAAUCAGAAACAAAGAAACCAGAUCCUCCACCAAAACUGUCCGAACUCAACCGGCAAUCUUCACUCCCAUCCUCCAAACCGUCUCUGCUCUCUCCUAAGCCUUUCGUAAGUAGCGUGAAGGCUCCUGAAACCCAGAAAGAGGAGACCUCAUUGGACGGUCAAAAGAAAGAUAUAUUCAAGUCUUUAAAGCCCCUUGCGUCCCCCAAGAUCUUUAGGCGGGACCCGGUUAAGCUUAAGGGAAUCAAUCCUCGUAGGGUCUCCUGUGGCGAGGAUAUCCUGACGGAUGCAACGGACUCUGAAAAGAGCGAGCUGAAGAAGACUCGCUCCCAUAGUUCCUCCACUCCGCCGCAUGACGAAGCCAAAGAGAAAGUAAUGGGAUCCAACACAUCCAUCAACACGCUAAGCGAGGGAAAAAGUGAUGGCAAGACGCUCGACUUCCUGAAGAAACAGACUCAGAGGCUGAAGGGAUUCUUGGGGCCCAAGGAUAAGGAGAAGAAGUCGUCAGGUGAAGAUCGGGGCAGCAUGACCACCGUGAAAGAAAUGGUAGAAGAUUACACGAAAAAACAGAGUAAGGAAAUGGGAUCCUCCGCCGCCGAUCAGACCUCUGCCAAUCACACGACAUCGCCCGGCACGGCGGUCUCGUCACGUUACCAGCCCUCCGGGAGCUCAGUACUGUUCAGCAGCAACCUCCGCGAUGACACCAAGGUCAUCCUGGAGCAGAUCUCGGCAAACAGUCAGAAGAACCGCCACGAGCGGGACGAGGACGGAGACCGCGAAGCUAAGGAGGACUUCACCGCCAAGAAGAACCGCUUGCUGCGACCCCAAGGCCUUGUCCAGGAGAGGGAGGGACUGCUGAAGAGGAUAGAGAGCCUGAGGAAGGAGAAGAAGGUCUACAGCCGUUUUGAGAUGGGGAAUACUCUGGGAUAAAGGGGAGAACGACAGUCGGAUGACAACGUGGGAACGAACGAGUGGGGAGGGGGGGAGAAGCGAGACGAUCAACGACCCUCAGAAAGUUUGCUCCGACGAGACGACCUCUGCUGUCAUU